CGGGUCAGAGCUGACCACUGCUGGUGCUCUCGUGGAAGAGCCUGGGAGCUCCCCAUGCUCCAUGCCCCUCUCUGUUGCAGGGCGCGCGUUUCCCGGCGCCGGCUCUCCCGCCUUGGGCCUCCUCGGUCACGGGCCGCUCCUCGGUGAGCUGAGGCCCUGCCUCCCUCCCCGCCGACGCCUUUCUCUCGGAAGAUGAACUCCACGGAGCAGCUGCAGGACGCCCCCAACUCCACGUGGCUGCCGGGGCCUCGGCCCGCGGGAGGGAACAGCACUGCCCUGCAGGAGGGUCUCCAGGGUCUCGUCCACGUGGCCACGCUGGUCACCUGCACCUUCCUCCUCGCGAUCAUCUUCUGCCUGGGCUCUUACGGCAACUUCAUCGUCCUCUUGUCCUUCUUCGACCCGGCCCUCCGGAAGUUCAGGACCAACUUCGACUUCAUGAUCCUGAACCUGUCCUUCUGCGACCUGCUCGUCUGCGGCGUGACGGCCCCCAUGUUCACCUUCGCGCUGUUCCUCGGCUCGGUGAGCGACAUCCCCGACGCCUUCUGCUUCACCUUCCACCUCACCAGCGCCGGCUUCAUCAUCAUGUCCCUCAAGACGGUGGCGGUGAUCGCCCUGCACCGGCUGCGCAUGGUGCUGGGGAAGCAGCCCGAUCGCACGGCCUCCUUUCCCUGCACCCUGCUGCUCACCCUGCUCCUCUGGGCCACCAGCUUCACGCUCGCCACCUUGGCCACCCUGAAGACCAGCAAGUCCCACCUCUGCCUUCCCAUGUCCAGCGUGAUUGCUGGAGGCGGGAGAGCCGUGGUCUCCCUCUACGUGGUCGACUUCGCCUUCUGCGUGGCCGUGGUCUCCGUCUCUUACAUCAUGAUCGCUCAGACCCUGCGUAAAAACGCCCAAGUCAGAAAGGGCCCCCCCGUCCUCGCGGUUGAUGCUUCCAGACCACAGCCCUUCGUGGGGGCGCCUGUGACGGGGGCCGGAGACCCCGUCCCAUGCACCGGGCCCGCGCUCUACAGGAACCAGAAUUACAACAAGCUGCAGCACGUCCAGGCCCACGGGUACACCAGGAGCCCCGAGCGGCCGCCAGCCCCCGCCGCCAGCCGGCUGCAGCUGGUGUCCGCCGUCAACCUGUCCGCGGCCAAGGAUUCCAAGGCCGUGGUCACCUGCGUGGUGAUCGUGCUCUCCGUCCUGGUGUGCUGCCUCCCGCUGGGGGUGUCCUUGGUGCAGGGGGUUCUGUCCAGAAGUGGGAGCUGCCUCCUCUACCAGUUUGAACUGCUCGGAUUCACCCUGAUAUUUUUCAAGUCAGGCCUAAACCCCUUCAUCUAUUCCCGCAACAGCGCGGGGCUGAGGAGGAAGGUGCUCUGGUGCCUCCGGUACGUGGGCCUGGGCUGCUUCUGCUGCAAGCAGAAGACUCGGCUCCGAGCCAUGGGCCGAGGGAACCUGGAAGUGAACAGAAACAAGUCCUCCCACCACGAAACGAACUCUGCCUACGUGCUGUCCCCGAAGCCCCAGAAGAAAUUCGUGGACCGGGCUUGCGGCCCGAGUCAUUCGAAGGAAAGCGUGGUCAGCCCCAGGCUGUCCGCCGGGCCCCAGCCCUGCUGCCAGAGCAGCUCAACGCCCGUCCACACCCGCGUGGAGCCCUACUACAGCAUCUACAACAGCAGCCCGUCGCGGGACAGCGGCCCGUGUCGCCUGCAGCCGGCCAGCGCGCUGGGGUUCGCCAGUUCCUACAUCGCCAUGCAUUACCACACCACCAGCGACCUGCGGCAGGAGCUCGACGGCCCCUCCGCCAAGCAGAUCCCCGUGCCCUCCGUUUAGAGUCCGGAGGCUGUGGCUCUUGGACCAACUGUUUGUUUCUGAUACUAAUUGACUUUUUGUUUCACUGUUGCCAGACGAGCAGUAGAUCAAACCUUAAAGACUCAAACGGUUGGCAGUUAAUGAUUUUCUUUUGUCUGAAGUAUUAGCAUCUAUUGGCUUGCUUUGUGAUUUCUUGAUAUUUUAAAAUUUAACGUAAAAGUUUAUUAUUUAGAUUUUCACCCUGACCUGUGUUCCAGUCUUUUGUACUCAACUUUUAAGCAGAUCGUGCUACUAUGUUACAGUAGAGGAUGAACCGAUUGUGAUCACUGGACUCAGUGUUGCGAGUCUUUGAAGCCUCUGCGAGCUGGAUAUUUUAAAGAAUGUGAGGUGCAUUAUUCUGCUGUGGAAUGAUCUUGCCCAAGACUGCUAGUGGAGAGGACCGCACCUGUGGUAGAGCUUUGCGGUUCCUGGGAGAGCCGGCGCCGAAUGCGUCCGGGUGGCGGUGUGCGGGACGCAGUCUAGACGUGUGUUCUGGAGGAUCUGUUACUGCCCAGCAAGGCGUAAGGAUGAGGGUGGGAGUGUUUCGAUUUAUGCUUUCCUUCUGUGGGAGAAUGGUUUGUUAACAAUCUGACAAGGAGUACCCAAGUAACUAUUUAGAGACCUUUUUUUUGGUCUUUAUUUGUAUAUUAUUGUGGUAGAAAAAUUCUUAAGAUCCAUUUUUAAACCUAAUUGUGUUAUUUCUCUCGCAUUCAUCUUAAACUGGAGAUGGGCAGUAAGGGAAAAUAGAUUAAGUAUUUCUCUACCUAAAACAAACAAAUAUAAUAAAAUAUACUCUGUGAUCCCUAGCAUAACAACUGUAAACUCAUAUUUUUAUGUAAAAAUAUUGUCAUUUACAGUUAGCAUUUGAACUCGUAAUAGUUUUGGAACUAUAACUGCUAGACCCAAGAUGAGCAUCAAGAUACAAAAUCUGCCUUCAUACAUUGUUGCAUUCAAGAACCGUUAUUGCAGGUUGGAAGGCACUUUGCCUCCUCGGAUGAAAGCUGUUCAGUUGAUAGCUCCCUCUCCCAGGCUCUUCCCAAGUGCAGAGGUCAUGAGAGGCCAGGAUGCUCGGCUGCGACUCUGCUCAGCCUCACCUAACAACUCUUACCUUUCAGUAUCAACCAUUCAUUCUAUUUCUGAGACUGAAAUAUGAGAUACGGGUUUCAUUUUUUUUUUUAAUUAUUUGCCUUUUCGGACUCUCCCCUUCUUUCUUUAUUUUUGCUAUUCAAUUUUAUAAUAAAAGAGAAAGUACCCACUCAUUUUUAUUUUUUUUUGUAAUUGAAUGCUAUUUUUGGAAGUCACUAUGAACUGUUUCAAUUGUGCUUUUAUAUUUUUAGUAUAACAGUGUUUUUAUGUAUUAAUACGCUCAUGAGAUAGGUUAGUGUAUCAUCUCUUUUUUAUCAAAGAAUUAAUGUAUCUAAUAUCCUCUCCCAGGAUCCUUUGAAGAACUGUGGUAGUCUAGGAAUUAGACGUUUGUCUAAAAUCAGAGCUUGGUGUUUAUUCCAGUAAGCCAGGCAGCUUUGUAAUUAAUAACGUUAAUUAAGAAGUCAUUUCACACUUUUAAAGGUAUGUAUCUGGUCUGUGGCCAGGCAUUUCAAAUGUGAGUCAAUAAAAUAUUUUUCUUAAAGUUAUUUCUACUUGUAAAGUUAAAGAUGAUAGGUUUCCUCUGUGACCUUGGAGAGCACUUGGUUCAUUUGGGGGGAGGCACAAAUUACAGUGUGAAGAACACUAAGCAUGUGCAUGUGAGGCGCUCAGUGUCUUUAUGCUCAUCAGUAAAUUACUGAUUUAAUUCGCAUGAAAUACAUAGUGGGCUAGAUUCUUAGCCCUACGCCAUGUCUGCAUCCUUACGCAGGUCUACAGAUGGACGAAUAUAACUUCUCUCUUCAUAAGGGCUAAAAUGAGAACUAACAGUAGUGAGAAUUCAGUUGAAUAUGACUAAUUAUCAGGGUGUGUUAAUUAGUUCUCCUGAUGCUUUACUGUGAUGCAAACUGUGUGUGUGUUGCAAGCACUUUAUAAUUGUUCUGAUGUUAACCAUUAGGCCAGAUUUGUAUUUCUGAUGCUUUUAAUGUUCUUUUAAAAUAAUGUUUGGGAAAUAAAAAUAUUGAAAAUUCUAACAGUGCUGAAUAUCAGAUUGCAGUA